UCUCCCAUUUUGCAUGCAGUUGACCGUUGAAGGAAGCACCCCACCCAACCGAACCCCAUCACUCUUCUCUCUAAAACCUCCCUAUAAAACCCCAUUCUCGGCCUCUGUGUUUCUCUCAGGCCCUCCCGAAAGUAAAACUCUCUAUCUCUCUCUCUCUCUAGCUAGAAAGGAAGAAAAAGUAAGAGAGGAAGAGAAACACACGCUAACGCAGCCAUCAAACUCUGCCAGCUAGCUUAACAAUGGCUCUCUCAAAGGCCGCCGCCUUCUCAUCCAAGUCCUUAUACAGCAACAACCACGUUCUCUCUCACCCCCAUCACCAACCCACUUACUCUCUGGUCCCCACUUCCACCAAAGCGCACGACGCCAAGCCCCUGAUCACUCGCAUCUCGGCUGUCCAUGCCGCAGAGCCCUCCACCAAGCAGUCUACGCCGCCCGUCGCGGCAUCGAAUUUGAAAUGGUCGGUGGAGUCCUGGAAGUCCAAGACGGCGCUGCAGCUCCCGGAGUACCCGGACCAGAAGGAGCUGGACUCCGUGCUGCAGACCAUCGAGGCCUUCCCUCCCAUCGUUUUCGCUGGCGAGGCGAGGCACCUGGAGGAGAAGCUGGCCGAGGCGGCCGUAGGCAAUGCCUUUCUCUUGCAAGGAGGGGACUGCGCCGAGAGUUUCAAGGAGUUCAGUGCGAACAACAUAAGGGACACAUUCAGGGUGCUUCUUCAGAUGGGUGCUGUUCUUAUGUUUGGUGGUCAAAUGCCUAUCGUUAGGGUUGGGAGAAUGGCUGGUCAGUUUGCGAAACCCAGAUCGGCUCCAUUUGAGGAGAGGGAUGGUGUGAAGCUGCCGAGUUACAAAGGAGACAACAUAAAUGGAGACGCUUUUGACGAGAAAUCAAGGAUUCCGGACCCCCAGAGAUUGAUAAGGGCUUAUUGCCAAUCCGCGGCGACUCUGAACCUUCUUAGGGCCUUUGCCACUGGAGGAUAUGCUGCAAUUCAGAGGAUUAGCGAAUGGAAUCUUGAUUUUGCUGAGCACAGUGAGCAGGGAGAUAGAUACCAGGAACUGGCUCAUCGGGUGGAUGAGGCUCUAGGAUUCAUGGCGGCUGCGGGACUUACCGUUGACCACCCUGUAAUGAAAACAACUGAAUUCUGGACCUCGCAUGAGUGUUUGCAUUUGCCUUAUGAGCAAGCACUCACCAGGAAGGAUUCAACUUCUGGCCUAUACUACGAUUGCUCUGCUCACAUGCUUUGGGUUGGGGAGCGCACCCGGCAAUUGGACGGUGCCCAUGUAGAGUUCCUCAGGGGAGUUUCCAAUCCCAUUGGCAUCAAGGUUAGCAACAAAAUGGAUCCAAAUGAUCUAGUUAAACUCAUUGAGAUCCUGAAUCCCCAGAACAAGCCAGGAAGGAUUACGAUAAUUGCAAGAAUGGGUGCUGAGAACAUGCGAGUUAAGUUCCCACAUAUGAUCAGAGCUGUCCGUAGGGCUGGGCAAAUUGUGACCUGGGUCUGUGAUCCAAUGCACGGGAACACCAUAUCGGCACCUUGUGGACUCAAGACGCGUCCUUUUGAUGCAAUACUGGCUGAGGUGCGAGCAUUCUUUGAUGUUCAUGAACAAGAAGGAAGCCACCCUGGUGGAGUUCAUCUGGAGAUGACAGGCCAGAACGUGACAGAAUGCAUUGGAGGGUCUCGAGCAGUUACCUAUGAUGAUCUGAGCUCACGUUAUCACACUCACUGUGACCCGAGGCUCAACGCUUCUCAGUCUCUCGAGCUAGCCUUCAUCGUUGCAGAGCGACUUAGAAAGAGAAGAAUCGGAGCUCAACGUCGGGUUUCCUUGAGCCUUUAGAAAAUUAAGCUUCAAAUUGGCAAUGCCAAUUCAUUUGGUAGUGAAUAAAUUUGGAAAUCGUUGAACUCCGUACGUAAAGAAGCUACUUCAAUAUUAACAAAUUCGAUCUUAUGUGAGAUGUGGUGCCUCUUUGACUGGAAUCUGCAAAUGCAAGUGUCGGGGUACUUGUGGAGCAGCCUUGUAGAAUUUCCUGAUCAUUUAUUUAGUAUUUUCAUUUGGUUUCUGUA